AUGUUGGCAAAAUUCAAAUUACCAAAUGCUGAGGUAUGGAAAACUUUCCCACCAUUCGAUACACCAGUUCCUCCAAGUCCAUUUGAGAAUGAAUUUUUAAAUAAAAUAUACUAUGCAUCAAUGAAUGUAACUACUCCUUUAACCAUUGCCAUUAUUUAUUUCACUUCGGUUCAUUUCAUUAAUUCAAUUAUUAGAAAUAAACAAAUUGCUAAAUACAACUCCAAAACUUCUUCAGAAUCAAAAGUCGACAUAACUAAAUUGGAUGAUAAAAAAUUACAAAAAAUUUUACCAACGGUUCCUAACUCAAUUGCUAAAACUUCAAUUUUCAAAUUAUUUGUUUUUUUACAUAAUGUUUUCUUAUGUUUAUAUUCAAUUUGGACAUUUUUAGGUAUGUCACAUACUAUUGCCACCACAAUGAAUUUAUUUGAAGGCAAUUUUUUACAAUCAUUAGUUAAUUAUCAACCUAAAAAAUUAGAUAUUUUCCUUCAUUCAGUAUGUGAUCCUAAAAUUGGGAUUUUUUCAAGACUUUUAACUAAUGAAAAAGGUUUACAUAAUUUAGAAGUAUUUGGUUGGUGGUUUUAUAUUUCCAAAUUUUAUGAAGUUUUAGAUACUGCCAUUAUUUUAUUAAAAGGAAGACCAAGUUCACUUUUACAAAGUUAUCAUCAUGCUGGGGCUAUGAUGUGUAUGUGGGCCGGUAUUAGAUAUCAAUCUCCACCAAUUUGGAUUUUUGUGGUAUUUAAUUCAUUUAUUCAUUCAUUAAUGUAUUUUUAUUUUUCAUUAAGUUGUUUGAAAAUUAGAGUACCCAAUUUUUUCAAAAGAAUCUUGACAACGAUGCAAAUCACUCAAUUUAUUGUUGGUGGUUCAAUUGCCAUUUUACAUUCAUUUGUUUGGAUUGUUGAUACUAGUCAUGUCAUUAGUCCCGAUAAUUUGAAAUGGGUUAGUUGUAUUAGUACUCCAGAUCAAGCAUUACCUAUUUUAAUUAAUGUUCUUUAUUUAUUACCAUUAACUGCAUUAUUCACUGCUUUCUAUAUUGAAAGUUAUUUGAAAAAAAAAUCUGCAUAA